CGAGCCGCCGCCAGCCCCGGCCAUGGCCAGCCCUGCGCCCUAGCCUUCCCGGCGGUGGCUGGGGAGGGGGAGCUUGGCGAGGGGGGGGCGCUGGCCCCCCGGAAGGAGGGGGAGCGCUCCGGGCGGCCCCGGCGGCUCCUGUUGCUCGCAGAGCCGCGGCUUUGGAGAGACAAUACCCGCGGCGCAGGGCGAGCCCCAGCCGGGGCGCGGAGAGGGGGGCGCGGGGCUGGGCGCCCGGGCAGGAUGCGGCUCCUGCGGGCCCCGCGUGUCGGCGGGUGAGCGCCUGCCGGGAGGAGCGGAGAUGCCCGGAGCCCUGCAGACAAAGGAGCCGGCGCCCCGAGGGGAGGAGGCGGAGAGGGGCGCAGGCCCCCGGGUUUAAGACCCUUUGGGCCGCCGCUGGAUUUGCCGCUGGGGGAUCGGUCCGCGCAUUCGCCGCCGUCGGGGGGUCCCGGCCUCCGGCUGCGCCGCUCACGAUGACCCGGGGGAGGCAGCUGGACGCGGGCGGCGGAGGGGCCCAGGCACCCACCGAACCGGCCCGGCCUUAGGAAAGCGACCGGGGCCGCCCCCCUUCCCUGCCCCGCCGGGGUCCCCUGUCCCCCUCCAUCACCAGCUGCCCCCGGAGAUGUGUCCCCCAGGCGGUGCUGCCCCCUCUCCCCCUUGUUGCCCCCUCGAGGCCCCCCCACAGGCCCCCUCCUCCUCCCCUUCUCCCGGUGCGGCGGGCGCCGCGCAGGGACAGAGCUAAGCGCCCCGUGCGCCCCUCGCCCCGGGCGCCUCCUCGCCCCGGGCGCCCCCUCGCCCCUGCCCCAGCUCUCCAAGGCGCUGCAGCCGCUGGGCCCGGGGUGCAUCAUGUUCAAGUACCGGAUCCGCAUGUUCUUCAACGAGCUGAAGCUGCUGGUGCUGAUGCGGCGGGGCCGCCCGGAGCCCGAGCCCGGAGCCGGGGGGAGCCGGGCGCUGGGGGGCAGCGGCUGCGGCUGGCCCCCCUUCGCCGACUGCUCGGCCCGGCAGGACGAUGAGGCCGAGUACUACGGGGGGGUGGCCGAGCCCCGGCCCCGCAGCCUGGCCUUGGAGGAGAAGGAGCCGCGGCCGCCGCCCCCCGGCCAGCAGCCCGGCCAGCAGCCCGGAGCCGGGGGGGGCCUGGACACCGUGUCUCUCAGCAGCAGCCUGGACAGCGGCAUGAGGACCCCGCAGUGCCGGAUCUGCUUCCAGGGGCCCGAGCAGGGGGAGCUGCUGAGCCCGUGCCGGUGCGACGGGUCCGUCCGCUGCACGCACCAGCCCUGCCUGAUUCGCUGGAUUAGCGAGAGGGGCUCCUGGAGCUGCGAGCUCUGCUACUUCAAAUACCAGGUGCUAGCCAUCAGCACAAAGAACCCCCUGCAGUGGCAGGCGAUUUCCCUGACCGUCAUCGAGAAGGUGCAGAUCGCGGCCAUCAUCCUGGGUUCCCUCUUCCUCAUCGCCAGCAUCUCCUGGCUCAUCUGGUCGUCCCUCAGCCCCUCGGCCAAGUGGCAGCGGCAGGACCUGCUCUUCCAGAUCUGCUACGGCAUGUACGGCUUUAUGGACAUCGUCUGCAUAGGGCUGAUCAUUCACGAGGGCUCCUCGGUGUAUCGAAUAUUCAAGCGGUGGCAGGCAGUGAACCAGCAGUGGAAGGUGCUGAAUUACGACAAGGCCAAGGACCUGGGGGAGCCCGUUGGCAGCGGGGCGGCCAAGGCCGGGGGCAGGAAUUCACGGACGAACCCCUCCUCCGGGAGCGAAAGGAACCCCCGGCGGGGUCAGCGGGUUAGAACGAUUUUGAACCAUCACUGUGGCUACACCAUCUUGCACAUCCUCAGUCACCUGCGGCCGAACGAGCACCGGGGCGGCGCCAGCUCCGGCCGGGAGGUGGUCAUGAGAGUGACAACUGUAUAACGCCGCGUGGCCGGCGGACGCGGGGGGCUGGCGCGAGGAACGCCCCGGAGAGCCGCUCCUGCGGGAGGGCUGCAUCCCAGGGAAGGGCGCAUGCCAGCAGUCUCUGCCCCACUGUUUCCACCUCACCUUCUUACUCUGGGGGCUGCCCUCCCCGCGUCUCGGCCCGCACCCGGCUAACCUCCCAUCAAUGUGAAAAUUCCUGCGGGGGAAGGGACCGGGCUGGCCCCUUCCUGCUGGCUUCCCUUGCAACCCUUCCCUGAUUUGGGGGAUGGGAGAAGAUUGUUAUCAAACCCUCCCCCCCAGCGACGACAGAUUCAGGGGGCCAAGAAGGAACGUGCUUACCUCAUCAUCGGUCAAACAAAAAUCCAAUCAACCCUCCCCAGCCCCAACUCCCCGCCCAUCCUGACGCGAGUCUCCGCCCCGGGGACGUCAGCUGGAAAGGCUCUGAACUCCUCGUCCCCUCAAAUAAGGUGCAAUAAACACGUUUCUAAAGCAAAA